AUGGAUGGACUUCUGUUAAACACGGAAGAUAUCUAUACGACGUCAACAAAUAUAACUUUAAAACAACAUGGGAAGAAACCGAUGACAUGGGAUUUAAAAAUACAGUUACAAGGUUUACCUGGACCACAAGCAUCUGCUAGAGUAAUUGAACAUUAUGAUUUACCAUUGACUCCAGAAGAAUACAUGAAAGAAAGUGCAGAACUACAAAAAGAUCUAUGGGCCACAUGUGCAUUUUUACCAGGUGCAUUAGAGUUAUUGAAGUAUCUAAAAUCAAAAAAUAUCCCAAUAGCAUUGUGUACCUCCUCUAAUAAAGCCAAAUUUGUUGGAAAGACUAGUCAUUUAAAAGAUGCCUUUGCUCUAUUCGAUGCUAUUGUUACAGGUGAUGACCCAAGAAUUCCAGAAGGUAGAGGCAAGCCUUUCCCAGACAUUUGGCAUACGGGUUUAUCUGAUUUGAAUAACAAGUUUGGCACAUCAAUACUUCCAGAAGAAUGUAUGGUAUUCGAGGACGGGAUCAUAGGUGUCAAAGCAGGGAUAGCUUUUGGUGGACACGUUAUAUGGGUCCCGCAUCCUGAGGCGAUAGAAUUCCUUCCUGAACCAAUCACUAUCUUAGAAGACAAAGGUGAAAUGCUUACAUCAUUGGCUAACAUAGAUUUAACUAAAUAUAGCUUGUAA